AUGGCCGCCACCCAAAACCACCCGCCCUCGCCGGACCUUUCCCCCACGCUCGCCUUGGGGGCAUGUCCCGAGCUCUCUCGCUGCGUGUCGACGGCGUCCUCCUUGUCACACGGCUCCGCCUCCGAGGAGCACUCGCGCGACUCGCUCGGCAGCGACCUCAAGAGCGCCUCCCGCCACUCCUCUGGCUCCUACCACUCCCGCAGAUCUGACGCCUCGCACGUCUCCCGCCGCUCGACGCACUCUGCCGACUCCAAGACGCGCCGCCGCGGAUACAUGAGGCCCCAGGCCACCGACUUUGCUGCCAGCGCCCGAUCCCGCGAGAGCGUCAUGAGCCUCGGCAGCAUCGCUCAUUUGCAGUACUACUUUGCCCGCACCGGCCUGCUCGACGGCAAAGGCGCGCAGCUAGCCCGCAAGAAGCAGCCCAAAGUUACCCUCGAUCUCUCGGCCCUCGACGGAUCGGCAGACGGCAACAGAAUCUCGGCCUCUGAUAUCGAUUCCUCCUACGCUUCCAUGGGCAGCAGCCCCGACCUCGCCUCGCACGGCUUCGCAGCAACCCUCACUACCGAGUCUCCUGCAAAAGACAGCAACGACGAGGACUACUACGAUGAGGACAGCUUUACCGAGUCCGAGUCCGGCAUGCUCCCCCCCACCGUCAGCACCUACCACCAAAGAGAGACGCCCAUCCCCCGGCCGCCGACGAUAGUGGAACUCAAGGCCGAGCUGGAGACGACCCUGCGCGAUGCUCAAAAGGCCCUCAAGGAAGCCGAGGCGCGCAAGGCCGGCGCGUACCUCGCGUCGCCCGACGAGCCCGUGCUGCCCAACAUGCCCGAGGCCAACUCGCAGGGCUGGUAUGAGCUGCAGGGCAUGCACAUCCUCGACGUGGUGACGCUCGCCAUCCGCGCCGCCAAGAUGUACUACACGGCGCACGAGCAGCCGGACCGCCUCGACUCGAUCAAGUCAGAAAAGCAGGUCCGCUCCGACCUGCUCGCCGUCAUGGAGGUCCUCAAGCAAAUGGCCCUUCGCGGCUUCAAGGGAGGCAUGAAGGACGACGACAUCAGGACCAUGCUCGCCUGGACCGCCAGCGUCUUUGGCAUCCUCGCCCAGGAGGCCGCCAUGGAGGCGGCGGAAAAGGCCGAGCGCGCCAGCUGGGCCUGCUGGAUGAAUGAAGGUGACUGGGCGGGCCGCGAGCGCGAGCGUGAGGGUGCAUUUCUCGCCUCGAUGGAUGCGGCGGUACCCCACGACCACGACGGCGGCGACAGCCAAGCAACGCCGCUGCCUGCGUGGACCACCGCGGCGGCGGACGCGCCCACGUUGCCCACGCCGUUCCUCGCGGCCAUGCAAAACGGCCUGCGCCUCAUCCGCCUGCACAAUGCCGCCGUGCACAAGUCGAAGCGCCGCUUCGGCGCCAUCCCGACGUUUCACAAGGACACGCAGAAGCCGUACCGCUGCGCCGACAACCUCCGCUACUGGGUCAAGGCCGCCGAGCUGCGCUUCGAGGUGGUCUUGUCGGUCGAUGCGCUGGGCGUCGCGUACGGGACCGACCACCAGGCCUGGAUAAAUUUCGAGGCAGCAAUUCUCAAGUGGUGCCGGCACGUCCGCGAAGAGAUAACCAACGAGCUCAACAAGUAG